CGGUGUGGAUUGUUUACAGUUGUAUUGGCAAUGGUAGACUAGUGGGACGUUCGUUUGUCAUAUUGGAAAAGGAAGCUAAGGUGGGAACCAAGCAAGGAAGGGCUGCCUCUGGUUGAACUCCACUUCCCUUCUUCUCUGUUUCAUCAACUAUCACCAUCAUCAUCAUAUUCAUCACUAUUCUCUGAUUAUUAAAACACUUCUUUAAUAACUGGGUUUUACUUCCUUUUCUUAUUCUUAUUCUUCUCUCCACUUUUUGGUGCCUCAAAGAUUUCAAUGGCUGCCUGUAAUUUAGGUUCCUCAUAUGUUAACAUAUCAACCUUGGACUGUGUUGCAAGAAAGAGUGGGAUUUUAAGAUUAAAUGGUUUAAGAAGUUGGAGUGGGAAAAAAUCACUAGAUUAUGCAGGUUUGAGAAUAUCAAGUUUGUCAAGAAAAGUUUUAAACUUGAGCAUUGGUCCAUCACUGGAGACCCUCUCCGUUUUAAGUCCAGAAGAUGAAUCUGAAGAGCCUGAGAUUUCUGGUUUAAGGAGCCAAGUUAUUCCAAACUCUGAUGAGGUAGAAUAUCUGCUCACAACAAUAUGUGACACAACUUCAGUUGCAGAGUUUGAACUAAAACUCAGUGGAUUCUACUUACAUGUUACAAGGGACUUGACUGAAAAUCCCACCAGUCCAUCCUCCGAAAUUUAUGCUCCUACUAGUGAAUAUACAGUUGCUGAAGUUCCUGAGUUAAAUGAGUCUACUUCUGCAUUAUCUUUGGCUUUAACUAAGUCAGAAACUUCUUCACAGAAUAUUCAAACUUUUGUAAAUAAAGCUCCUGAUGACGGCUUGGUGAUAAUUCAGUCUCCAAGAGUGGGGUUUUUCAGAAGAUCUCGAACUAUAAAAGGGAAGCGUGCUCCACCGCCAUGUAAAGAGAAGCAAACAGUGAAAGAGGGUCAAGUGAUUUGCUACAUAGAACAGCUUGGUGGGGAGCUACCAAUUGAGUCUGAUGUUUCAGGAGAGGUAAUCAAGAUACUACGAGAGGAUGGUGAUCCUGUUGGAUAUAAUGAUGCUCUCAUUGCUAUUCUUCCCUCAUUUCCUGGGAUAAAGAAGCUUCAGUAGAUUGGUUUUCUUAUAUUUCAUAUAUAUAUAUAUAGAUUUUUUUUAAGAAAUAUUUUCUUAUAACAAUAGUGUUGUUUAACACUUUGGUAUUUGCUUUUUUCACUCUUAAAUAUUCCUUUGUUUAUAAAGUAAUCACCUUUGGUAAUUGGUAGCCAUGUAGCAGUUUAUAUAAACUUGUACAUAUAAAUAUAUUUAUAUCAGAAUUGAGAGUCCAUUAGAAACUCCAACA